AUUUCUUCAGCUUGUGAAACAUGGCGCGUGCAGGCGGUCAUAUAGCUCCGGAUAGUGACCUUCUGAGAUACGCCGAAUAUACAUCCACAUCUAACCAGCGGAGUGAAACAGAUAUUGACAAACGCAUUGGCAGCACACUGAUUGCAGUUGGACUUGGUGUCGCUGCAGCAGGAUUCGCAGGUCGAUAUGCCUUCCACUUGUGGAAACCUCUUGGUCAAGUCAUCACAGAAACUGCCAAAAAGUUUCCCUCUACGGCAUUCUCGGCAUAUUACAAAGGUGGAUUUGAGCAGAAGAUGACUAAACGGGAAGCCAGUCUCAUUCUCGGGAUCAGUCCAACAACCACCAAGACAAAGGUGCGAGAAGCCCAUAGGAGAAUCAUGGUCCUAAAUCAUCCAGAUAAAGGUGGAUCUCCAUAUUUGGCAGCGAAGAUCAAUGAAGCGAAAGAUCUUCUUGAGUCUGGCCAUCGGAGUUAGCUGUCUGUUCUUCAAAGCACCAUUCACUCAGCCAUUUUCUGUUCAUUUCCAACCUCUGCCUGUUGUUUCUCCUCCACUUGUUCUGCUCACCGUCCAGGAUCCUCUCAUCCAUGCUCACCUGCUCUGACCAGUCAACUCUGAGGACUCUGCAUCACUGUUUUGUCAGUCAAAAACCUCAACUUCCAUCAAUCUGAAUCGGGCAUCAGACCUGGAUCUUUCAUGUUGAAGGACCUAUGUUGUAGAUAGGAAGCAUUCACAUUUACUGCUGCUUUGUACUGAAGCUGCAUUUUAAAUGCUCUAGGUUUGAUAUGUCUGUUCACAAACAUCAGUCCAUGAAUGUAAAAAGACAUGUACAAAUGUGCUCAAAGCUUAGCUAGUCGGAAUAAUGCCUGUACAAUUUUAUUUAUAAUACUGAAUAAACUCUUGUGGUUAAUAAUA